AUUCAUUCGCAGUGUUUAUGAGCCCAUCAAGGAAUGGUCAAGGGCGCCGAAUCUGGCCGUCAUAUAUGUACAUAUUAGACGUGGAUGUAUUCGAUAUCAAGUGGUGUUGACCUCGAUUUACAAACUCAAGCACGGGCAUAGUAAAAACGCAGCUGACGUUUCUUAACAGCAUUGGUUAAAUUGCCUUCCGCUUAAAAGACGUAUACGAUCUGGCAAAUGUUCAAACACUUACAAAAUCGUUUUUGUUUAAAACUUACGGCAAAAGUGCGUUGAAUCUUUCACAAACAUGAAGUGAAGGUGAAGAAGCACCAACAGCAAACAUGUACUCGGACGAUUUCCAAGACGUCUAAUACCAUCAUGUUAAAACUUCUAUUUAUAGGUUCGCUGCUGUCGCUGAGCUGGGCCGCCCAGGUGCCCUGUUCCUCUCUCCCGAACAAAGCCGGGCCAAACCAGGAGGUCUGUGCCUCCGAUGGCAACACCUACCCCAGCAUCCAGGAGAUGGAGUGCCUCGCCAUGGAGCGAAGGAAAAUGGGACUGGAAGAGAUUUUUAUGCGCCACGAGGGCCCGUGUGCCACCGACUCUCGGCUCGUCAAACGGACCAGCUACGGCCGGUUCACGGCCUGGACGGGCCGUACGAACGGCAGCGGUCGACUGGUGACCUCAGUGACCUCUGUGACGUCACCGCUGCUGCUGCUGCUGCUGCUGCUCCUCUGGCGCUGACAGCAGCUGGGCUCGGCCCAUACCACACCGUGCCUGUCUGCAGCUCCCGUCAUGUUCUGGUCCCUUUGUCUGGAGGAGUUGCAGCCUUCGUGCCCGGGCGAGCCGUGUAGAAACACUUCAAUAAGCAUGGAGUACAUGCA